AUGAAGCGCAAGCUCUCAGAUUCCGGUCUGGAAAAUGGCCUUGCUGGUUCGACUCCGAAAAGGCCGCGGAGAGCUCUGGUCCAAGCCAAUGGCACCGUAAAUGGCCACGCGCCAACCCAGUCACCUCCCAACGACACUGCAACAUACGAGCUCCCUCCUAACCAAUCCACACCUAAAAAGUCCAAUUCCGUCACCGCGACCCCGCUGAAGGAAUCUGGAUUGAAAACGCCUACUCAUAAAUCGAGGGCUAAGAAUUUGUUCGCAACUCCCACGAAACCUAAGACGCCUGGCGGAGGUACCCCGGCUCGAUUGAAGAAUGCCGAUCGAUCUGCGAAGAAGAAGAGUGCCAGGGUCUUGUUUGAACAAGAUGACGAUGCCGAGUGGGAUGGCUCAGAACAACUUGCGGCAGAGAUUCUCCAGGAGGACGAGGAGGAUGACUUCGAGCCCGUGAAGGAAACCGGGAACGCGACCAAGGUGGUGGAAAGUGUAGAAGGAGAAGGCGACGCCGAGAAACCGAAGGGUAAAGAUGCGAAAGCACCGAAGCGUCGAGCCGGAAGACCUAAAGGAGCAAAGAAUAAGCGAUCACCAACGCCAGAAGGUGAACUUCCCGCUCACGAGCGCUAUUUCUUCCAGAACCGCGCAGGAACCAGCAAAACAUCAAAUAAGACUUUGAUUAAGGUUCCAUUGCUGACCCAUGAAGAAUACUUUGAGAAAUUGGGUCAUCUGGUGGAUCCCUGCAAGGAAGAAAAGGAUUAUCUACUCACAUUGCACCAUCGGUCGUUCUCGCAGUGGAAUUUUGAGUUUGAGGAAGGAUACAAUAUCUGUCUAUAUGGUUAUGGAUCGAAGCGAAAGCUUGUACAGGGAUUUGCCGAUUGGGUCUAUCAACAUUCCGUUUCUGAUAACCCUCCCAUCGUGAUAGUCAAUGGCUAUACACCUGGUAUCUCCAUCCGUUCGAUCUUUGCUAUGAUUGUAGCCGCUUUGUUGGGUGAUGAUCUCCCCUCCAAACUGGGUUCACAGCCAACUGAAGUAUUGGAGCUUCUUCAAUCAGCGCUCAGUAAUCGACCAAUUCAUGAAGGCCCAGUCACAGUGUUGAUCAACUCGGUUGACGCUCCGCCUCUACGUCGUGCAACUAACCAGGCCCUUCUCGCUCGUUUAGCUGCUACGCCCCGUAUCCGUCUCCUUGUCACGGCUGAUACACCCAACUUCACAGUGAUGUGGGAUAUCAGUCUGCGUGACCAGUUGAACUUCCUUUUCCACGAUGGCACUACAUUCACACCCUUUGCAGUCGAAUCAGAUGUCGUGGACGAAGUAAACGGCCUGCUUGGUCGUAAGGGUCAACGUGUCGGUGGCAAGGACGGAGUGGGAUUCGUACUAAAGAGUCUUCCGGAGAACGCUCGCAACUUAUACCGCCUCUUACUUACGGAAGUUAUCACUAUCAUGGAUGACGGACACCAGUCUGACGACGAGGGUGGAGCGGAUAACAACAAGGCCCCCGAUGACCACGGUAUAGAGUUCCGUUUACUAUACCAGAAGGCGACAGAGGAAUUCAUCGCAUCGUCCGAGAUGAUGUUCCGCACUUUGUUGAAGGAGUUCCACGAUCACCAAAUGAUCACCUCACGCAUGGAUCCCAGUGGUGUGGAGAUUCUAGGUGUGCCACUGUCUCGGGAUGAAAUGGAGGGUGUGUUAGAGGAUCUGGUACUUGGCUGA